GCGCCAGGCGACGCGACGAUGACCACGGUGUGUACAUGUACUAUGUACAUGUGUCCGGCAAUACGCAUUGAUCAAUCAAUAGAUCGACUUAUUAUUGAUCACUAGGGGCUAGGUGGAGUUGACAUAUAUGUAAUGGAAAAUUUUCCUUGAGUGAAGACCUACACAGCGUCUCUCUUUGCAAGCCUUUGUUGCUGUCAGAAGACCCCAAAAUGGUGUUUUUCGAGGUUUGCGGUCCCAACGAGGCUAUGGUAGUCUCAGGUUGCUGCCACUCCAAACCGCUUCUUGUCUCUGGUGGGCGCACUUUUGUCUGGCCCUGCAUUCAGCAAGUCCAGAAGCUGUCCCUGAACACCAUGACACUGAAGAUUGACACCGCCAACGUUUACACCCGCCUUGGUGUGCCCGUAUCGGUCACUGGGAUUGCCCAGGUCAAAGUUCAAGGGCAAAACAAGGACAUGCUCCUGCAGGCCUGCCAACAGUUCCUUGGUAAAACUGAGCAGGAGGUGGAACAGGUUGCCAUGGAGACACUGGAGGGCCACCAGAGAGCCAUCAUGGGAACCAUGACGGUUGAGGAGAUCUACAAGGACCGUAAGAAGUUUGCCAAGAAUGUGUUUGAGGUGGCCUCCUCCGACUUAGUCAACAUGGGCAUCAGCGUAGUCAGCUACACCCUCAAGGAUGUGAGAGAUGACAAUGGAUAUCUAAAAGCUUUGGGCAUGGCUCGUACUGCCGAGGUCCAUCGGGACGCCAGGAUAGGUGAAGCAGAAGCCAAGAGAGACUCCGGCAUUAAGGAGGCGCGUGCCGAGGAGGAGAGAAUGGCUGCGCGAUAUGCCAACGACAUUGAAAUCGCCAAGGCCAAGAGAGACUUUGAGCUGAAGAAGGCUGCCUACGACAUGGAGGUGCAGACCAAGAAGGCCGACUCGGAGCUUGCUUACGACCUGCAGGCUGCCAAGACCAAGCAGCGGAUCAGGGAAGAGGAGAUGCAGAUCCGUGUGGUGGAGCGAACCCAGCAGAUCCAGGUACAGGAGCAGGAGAUUGCUCGCCGAGAGAAGGAGCUCAAAGCCCAGAUCAAGCAGCCGGCCGAAGCCGAGAAAUACCGCCUGGAGACGCUCGCCGAUGCUAACAUGAAGCGUGUUGUGAUGGAGGCAGAAGCAACUGCAGAAGCUGUCAAGCUGAAGGGUGAAGCUGAAGCCUUUGCCAUUGAGGAGAAGGCCCGAGCAGAGGCAGAGCAGAUGGCCAAGAAGGCGGACGCCUGGAAAGACUACCAGGAUGCUGCCAUGGUGGACAUGGUGCUGGAAACAUUGCCUAAGAUUGCAGCUGAGGUCGCUGCCCCGUUGGCCCAGGUCAACAAGGUCACCAUGGUGUCCAGUGGCAAGGGUGACGUGGGAGCCACCAAGCUGACCGGAGAGGUGAUGGAUAUCAUGAACCGAGUGCCCCAGCUGGUGGAGAAGAUGACUGGUGUCAACAUCACCGAGGCAAUAUCUGCCACCAGAGUGUAAGCUAUGGCUCACUGACAAGACACCAAGAGAUCAAGAACAGCCCCCUCUGUUGAACCAACGCCUCAUCAGUGUGCACCCCUCAAAUAAUAAAGGAAGAGCCCUCUUCUCAGAAGGCAGAAAAUAUGUUCAUCUUCAUAUCAUAUUCCAUGUAAUCAUAGGUGUUGUAAAUGAAUUUCUUUCUCAGGACUAUUCAGGACCAAAGCAGGAGCACCACAGUUAAAAAGGAAUUGAAUAACAAAUAGAAAACUGUGCAAACCCACCUACCAUAAUUUUGUACUGGAUAAAUUAUUUUUGGGGUUAAAACAAGCUUUUUGCCAUAUGCAUCUGCUAAUUCUAAUAUCAAGUCGCUUAGAGUUCAUGCGAUGAAAUAAAGAAGUCACCAUCGAGAUGGUGUAAAAUCAUCUCCAAUCGUGGAAUGAACUUGGUUUAUUGUGUGAGCUGUGUGCAGUGCAAGACAUGUAAUUGCAACUUCUGUUAGAGAUGCUGGCAGUCGGUAGCUCUAGCGACUUGGCUUUGAAUUGCUUCAAGGACCAUGUCUGCGCAUUAGCUGAUUGCAUCGUCAAAAUGAGCAAUGGCCUGAACCAUCUCACAGUUGUUCAUUGGCCCACCUGGACGGGUAUUUCAAGGCUGCACGCUCAAUGAAUUUAUACUCAACCAUUCUGUGCCUACAGCACUAGCUCAGAAAUUCUGUGCUCAUCGUAGAAUCCAUAGAUAAGGCCAUGUUGUGUGCUAACCCCAAUUAACGCUUUGCACACAGUUUUCUUUCACAGUUAGCCAAGGUUCCUUGUUUACAGCAAACAAGCACAGUCAUAAAAUUGGGCCCUUGAAGAGAUGUAGCAUUUGUGUUCAUGCACACCCUAGUAGAUUUGACACUAGUCCAUUGCUUGACAUUCUGCAGUUCAACAUCAAUCUACUGGUCUGUAGCAUAAACCCAGUUUUAAGCUAGUGUAUGAUUGUUCACCUAGUCUUAAUUCAGUACAUCAAUUUAGAAGCGUCCUGAGAGAGUCAAUCAUGCUGUUCAUGUGUUUGUGUAUAACUUUAUAGAUAAUUAUAAUAUUUACUCAAGUAAAUUUUAAGGUGUGCAUUUAAGUUACAAGUGCAUUUAUCUUGAAAUCUUUGAUAUUGGUACAUGUAAUUGUUCAUAUUUCCAUUGACAAAAACUGAAUUUUAAGUGUUUAGUGUAAUCUCUUUCUUCCAUAGCAAUAGUGACUUUGUGAAUUGAUAUCUACAUUUCAGAAGCAUAAUAUUUAUGUACAGUAUUGAUGUGGUACCUGUGAAUGUGUUUUCUUGAAAGUGGUUGUGUUCUUGGUUCACACUUUCUACUAAAAGUGAAGUAGAUUUCAUUUCAUCAUUGACACUAACAGGAAAUUUGUCAGUCAUUAUUAUCACCAGUUUGCUGUGCUCUUUAAUCCUCAGCAAGCUUUUUUCUUAUCAAGGAAUACAGUGUGCUAUAGAACAGGUGAAAGCAUGAGGUUUACAACAGGCUUUGGGUCUGGUAACCGGUAAUGGCCAAAGGCAAUACUGAUAGCCAUUGACGAUGACCACACUGAGAGCCAGUUUUGAAAUGUCAUGUCAGAAACUGUGUCUGAGUAUACUGUUACUGUUUGACCCAUUGAUGGGUCAAAAAUUGACAAAUUUCCAACAAGUUUAUUUCAUGUUCCUUGAAAAACCUCUUCUAGUCAAGUCUGCAAGCUUUAAUUUUAAGGAUCCCUCUGCAUUUUGUAGUUGCUUGUUGGUUCGACUGCCUCACAGGGUAUGUUUCAGUCUGAAAUUACAUUUACAGCCUUCAUUAGUCUUCUUGAUGCUCAUGGGAACUUUUUACGAAUCAUUUUGUGGGUGAGGUUGAUCGAAAACUGUGCUGUUUGUACUGGUCCUACCGGUUGAGAUGCCUUCAGUAAUACCUAUAUUUUGUAGUACGUAGGGUCCUUAAAUUGUCAAUAUUGCAACCAUUUGCACGCUGUCUCGCAGGGGUAGUGUGGAACUUCUCUCAAGAAGUUUGGUGCAUUCUGCCUAUUGUGGUGCAGAAUGCAAUGGCUCUCGGCGUGAGUUUACCAAUGGUCAUAAAAAACCCCUAUGAAGGGCUUUCAAAUAGGAAUGGUCAAACCGACCUAGUGUUGGUGAAAUGUUAACCUCGAAUUGUACGUGGUCAGUCAUGUUUAUGUCAUUGAAGAGUGCUGUUUGUGUCUGGAAAAAAAUUGUUAGAUUUUAAAUAUUUUAUCAUGUAUUUUUCAAACCAAUUAUCUUAGCAAUACUUUGUGUCCUCAAUCAUUGUACAUACUGUAGUUUUUCCCCACUGAAAAGAUUUAGUAGAGGUUCCUGUUAAGGGGUACUACAGAAAUCCGCACAAAAGGCAGACACAACAUCAGGCGAGACUGCCUUUACCUGGGUAUUUCGAAUUUACAUACACCCCUUGCCUUUGUUUUAUUUUUAUCGUAUAGAGUACUUGCAGAUUUUACUGUGAUGUAUGCAUUUAUUUUCUGACUUUUUCAUACUCUGAUCUGCUGUUCACUACUUCUAUUUUACAUUGUUGUGAAUUGUGGCAUUAGUUUUAGGUCGCCAUUUUUACUAUAAUGUCAUUUUUCAUUAUUACAGUAUUAAAGUAAGGAGUGAAUUUUACAGUUGCAUAUACAACAAAAACGGGCAAAAGGAGAAAGCCCCAUCCAUUGGGACAAUAAAACUGCUCCAGCACGACUGCUUGACUGGUGCGAAUGAUCAAAUUAAAUAGUGCUAAGGUGUUGGAUUACGAUUUUAUUUAGUUCAGCGAAUAUGUGGAAAACGUAGGGUUUUACGUACAAGCAUGAAUUUUGGCACAGAUCAGGACUACGACCUAGGAAUGUAUUGAGAAGCGGAGCCACUCUGAAAACAUCCUCUGUGUAAUCUUUGGUGUCGGUUUUAAAAAUGGCCAUCAAAUACCAUAUUUCCAGCCAACUUUUUUUGUAACUGCCUAUUUUUGAAGUUAAUACACGUACCUGCAGGGUGUUUGUAAUCACGGAAAUAUUUUGUAGUGAAAGAACUUAAAAUGGAGAAAAUAACCAUUAACUUUGGCAAUUCUGAUGGUAUCACACUA